AUGGUACAGGAAGUCAACAUUACUUGGUUAAACUGGUUGCCAAAGGAAAAGAUGCGAAAGUUGAACGUGUCGGUUGGGAUGGAACCGGAGGCAAAAGCUACAUUAAAUACGAUUGGAAGGUUGGUCAAACGUCAGCUGAUAAUCCACGUCCGAGGAUCAAGUCAAAAACCCGUCAAAGCUAUACUCAUUGGUUGCUUCUGUAUCCAAAUACUAAACAGCUAGUGAAUGUUGCAUCAUUUCAGGUACGUCCAUUGGCAACGAGAAGCACGUUUUAUUUUUAUUUUUUUUGAUGAUUGAUUAGAAACGGAAUCGACGACACAGAGAAAGGCGACAAACGUGGAUUAAAUUCGGCAGCAGAUCUUGGGUACAAACAUCGGUUGGACAAGCGACAACCACAGAACCAAAAGCUGAAAGCCGAAACCUCUUCUUGUCUGGUGACGAAAAGCGAAUCGGAAUGUCAACUGGGACACAGAGUUGGUGGAUACAUCAUCAGUGCUCAGAUACCCCCUAUUCCAUCUGUUCUUUCAUUGAUUUAUUUAAGAUGGGGAUCCCGCAAAUUAAAAUUACACUUGCAUGAGUGA